UUGAGGCACAGUUGAGGGAGUAAGCUGUGCUCUACUUCUCUUUAGUUCUAGAUUACUAGUGUGUAAUAUCGUUGAUUUGAGUAGAUUAUUCUACAGGAGGAUAGAGUCUGGCUUAGUUGAUCAGAGGAGUGCGUAGUAGUCGUGAAUAUUUGUGUAUUAUAGUGUGAGAAAGCCUGGGAAAACCGUGGAAUACCAGUCCCUUGACACGGCUCCUCCCACCACUACUUUGAGCUGGAAAGGAUGGUGAGGUAAGGAGGCGACAUGUCGGCACUCUCGACGCGAGAGGACGCCCUCCGUCAGUUCGAGACUGGUCGCAUCCAGCACCUCCGGGAGGAACGUCUUGGUAUACAGAAGAAAACCUUCACAAAAUGGAUGAACUCCUUUCUCAUCAAGGCGCGGCUGGAGGUGAUGGACCUGUUCACCGAUCUGGCGGAUGGCAAGAUGCUUCUCAAACUGCUCGAGAUCAUCUCGGGCGAGAAGCUGGGCAAGCCCAACAACGGCAGGAUGCGCGUUCACAAGAUUGAAAAUGUUAACAAGUCUCUGGCCUUUCUCCACACUAAGGUGCGGCUGGAGAGCAUAGGAGCUGAGGAUAUAGUGGAUGGUAAUCCACGUCUCAUACUUGGUCUCAUAUGGACCAUCAUUCUGCGCUUCCAGAUCCAGGAGAUUGAAAUUGAUGUGGAUGAAGAAAAUGAAAGUAGUGAGAAGAAAUCUGCCAAAGAUGCAUUGUUGCUAUGGUGUCAAAGGAAAACUGCUGGCUACAGAGGAGUUAGUAUUGAGGAUUUCUCGAGAUCGUGGAGGGAUGGCUUGGGUUUCAAUGCUCUUAUUCAUGCUCAUCGACCAGAUAUAAUCGAUUACAAUGCCUUGAUACCAAAGAAUCACAUUGAUAACCUCAAUAAUGCCUUUGAUGUGGCCCAUAAUGAACUGGGUAUUGCCAAGAUUCUUGAUGCUGAAGAUGUGGACACAAGCAAACCUGAUGAGAAAUCAAUUAUCACGUACGUUGCAUCCUACUAUCACACGUUCGCUCGUAUGAAGAAUGAGUUGAAGGGAUCCAAGAGAAUUGCCAAUAUAAUGAACCAAAUGAAAGAUGUAGAUGACUGUAAAUCUAAGUAUGAGAAGAUCACCACCACACUACUGGAGUGGAUCAUCAUGAAGAUUGACCUUGAUAGCAGAAAGUUUCCCAACUCCCUUGAUGGCAUCCAGAAGUUACUCAUCCACUUCAAAAAAUAUAGAACAGAGGAGAAGCCACCCAAAUACAAAGAGAGAAGUGAAAUAGAAGCACUGUUCUUCUCCAUUAAUGCAAGCCUUAAAGCUCUGAACCAGCCUGCAUACAUACCUAAAGAUGGCCAGUUGGUUCAUGACAUUGAGCGAGAGUGGAAUAACCUGGAAAAGGCUGAGCAUCGCCGGGAAGUAGCCCUCAGGGAUGAGCUGCUUAGACAAGAAAGACUUGAACAACUUGCUUAUAAAUUUGACAAAAAGAGUGUUCUUCGAAAAGGCUACUUAGAGGAAAUGAUUCAGGUGUUGAGUGAUCCACGGUAUGGUAGCAACUUGGCACAGGUGGAAGCUACAGUCAAAAAACACGAGGCCAUCAGCGCAGAUAUUCUAGCUCGACAAGAGCGAUUUGAAGAUUUAACUAAAAUGGCUGAUGAGCUUGAUCUUGAAAACUAUCAUGGUAAGGUAGCCAUUCGUAAGAAGGAGAAAGAUAUACUGAAAAAGUGGAGCGAACUUCUAGAUCUUCUCAAUAAGCACAAGAUCCAUCUUCAGAACUGUUGUAUCCUUGUUGGCAUCAUGAGGGAAGUGGAUACCAUUACUGCUUCAAUCAAGGAAUUGGAAGUUAACUUCUGUUCUGAUGAUGUUGGGCGGCACUUGCUUGCAGUAGAGGAUUUACUCCAGAAACAUUCAUUAAUGGAGUCUCAAGUACAUUCAAUGGGAGAAACAAUUAAGCGCCUAAAUAAGCAAGGUGAAGCAUGUAUGAGCUCAGUACAUAAGGAUGCACCAUUGCUGCAGAAAAGGCUGCUAGAGCUCAACCAAGGGCAACAAGCACUUUUAAAGAAGGCUGCAGAACGACGCUUGAAAUUGGAGGAGGCUCGAGAUCUUUUUCAAUUUGAAGUGGAUAUGGAAGAGGAGGAAGCUUGGGUUAUUGAAAAACAGAGGAUUUGUCAGGCAGGAGUAACUGCGAAAGACAUUAGAGCAGUCAUCUCGCUUCAGCAAAAACACAAGGCUUUAGAAGAUGAGAUGCGUGCCCGUCGUCCCAAGGCAGAGAAAGUUAUGAGAUCGGGUGAAACACUCUUCAAAGCUGGUCAUCCUGAUGCUAAGGCCAUCAGUGAACGCAUUGCUGCUCUGAAAGAGAAAUGGCGGCGCCUAGAUCAGUAUGCAAGUGACCGACGGAAACAGCUUGAAAAUGCAGCGGAAGCUUGCUUGUUUAAUGCAGAUGCCAAUGAGGCAGAGUCGUGGAUCAAGGAGAAGCUGCCUCUGUGCCAGUCCAAGGACUACGGUGAGGAUGAACCAAGUGGUCUGGCCCUGCUGCAGCUACACACUCGACUUGAAGGAGAAAUCAAGGCCUACGAAGGGGACAUAAAGGCAGUUAAUAACCAAGGACAAAAACUUAUUAAUUCAGGAAUCUCUGCAUUAAAUCUCACAUCCCAGCAGCAGAACAUUGGAGAGGAGGAGGAGUACGAGUGGGUAGAUGAAGUGAAGAUGGUACCACAGGAAGUUUUGGUAGAGGAAGUCGUGGAAAAAAUAGAAGAGGUGACUGUUACUGAACAGAGAGAGUUACCCACUGUCAUUGCUAGAUACUCCUUCCAAGGUCAAGGCAUGCAUAUGGUGAAAGGCGAGAUGAUGUUCCUGAUCAAUAAAACAAAUCGAGAUUGGUGGAAUGUACGUAAAAAUACUGGUGAAGAAGGUUUUGUUCCUGCUAAUUAUGUUAGGGAGAGUGAACCCAAGAAAAUUAAUGUUCGGGUUAAAAAGGAAGUUAAGGUUCCUGAGAAGAGAAUGGUGCCAAAAACCAGGAUGGUAAAGAAAACUGAAAGGGUCAAGAAGAGGAAACCUAGAGCCCCUCCUCGAAAUAAAAGAUUUGAAGAACCAGAAACUGUUGAAAAACGUUUGCAGUCCAUUAAUUCAACCUACGGAAAUUUGUGUGAACUUGCUCAAAAGCGACACUUGUAUCUGGAAGAAUCUAUUAAACUUUUCUCAUUCCUGAGUGAGUGCCAAGGUUUUGAAACCUGGAUGAGGGAAAAAGAAAAGCUACUUAAAAUGGAUGAGAAGGGUGAUGAUGUAGAGACAGCAAAGCAGAAAUUUGAAAAGUUCCUCACAGACUUGUCAGCCGCAAGCAGGAGGAUUGAAAUAAUUGAUAAGAUGGUUCAGGACUUUGAAGCCACUGGACAUAGUCAACUGGAAAAGAUUAAAGUUCGCCAAAAGCAAAUUCAUGAUCAAUGGGCUCACCUUAAUCGUCUGAAGCAGCAAAAAGAACGUAGUCUGGAGGGAGCAUCCAGUGUAGAACUAUUCCAUCGCACUUGUGAUGAGACGAGGGACUGGAUGGUGGAGAAGAUGGAAAAGCUGGACACCGAUGAAUUGGGUCGAGACCUAAAAACUGUACAGUCUCUCCAGCGCAAGCAUGAUCAGUUGGAGAGGGAAUUAGCACCAGUGGAAGAGAAGGUACGUCGUGUCAACCUUCUUGCUGAUUCUGUAAAAGCAUCAUAUCCCCGAGAAAGACAUGCUGUAGAAGCAAGACAAGAAGAAGUGCAACAGUAUUGGGGUCAGCUGAAGGGUAAAGCUGUAGAAAGAAGGAACAGACUUGAGGAAGCUGUUGGCCAGCAGAUCUUCCUUAACUCGGCUAAGAGUCUUCUAAACUGGGUUGGUGAUGUUAAAAAUGCUCUGAAUUCUGAUGAGCCUGCUCGUGAUGUUACGACUGCAGAACAUCUUCUCAAGAGUCACCAAGAUCUUGGAGAUGACAUCAGAGCUCACCAAGAUGAAUUCACCGAGCUCGGCCAGCUUGGAGAGAAGCUUGUCAGAAGGAAUCCUGACUUCAGUGAAGUGCAAGAAAAGAUGGCAUUACUGGGGGAAGAACAGCGAGCUAUUCACCGGGGUUGGCAAGAGAAGGGUGAUUGGUUGAGGCAGUGUAUGGAUCUUCAACUCUUUAAUAGAGAAGCUGACCAAAUUGAUGCUGCAACAAGUUCUCAUGAAACUUUCCUAGACUACAAUGAUCUUGGGGGCACCUUGGAUGAUGUUGAAGCACUAAUGAAGCAUCAUGAUGACUUUGAGAAUACUCUGAUGGCACAAGAUGAAAGACUGAAAACAUUUAGUGAAAUGGCAGAUAAACUAAUUGCAGCAGAGCAUUAUGAUGCCACGUACAUAAAUGAACGCAGGGAUCAGGUACGUGACAGACGAGCUGCAGUAAAGGACCGUGCUCAAGCUAGACGGGAGCAGCUGAAUGGUUCUAUUGCCUAUCAGCAGUUUAAGGCAGAUGCAGAUGACUUUGAUAAGUGGAUAACAGAUAAAAAGAAGAUGGCAGAUGAUGAAUCAUACAGAGACCUCAGUAACUUAGAGAGAAAAAUGCAAAAGCACGAAGCAUUUGAGAGGGAGCUUCAUGCCAAUGAAGGUCAGCUGCGACGUCUCAACAAAACUGGUCAAGAUUUGAUAGGCAUGAAGCACUAUCAGUCUGAUGACAUUAAGAACACUUUAGAUGACCUCAAUCAGAAAUGGAAAGAUCUUUGUUCCAAGACUGAAGAGAAAGGGAUGAAGCUUAACCAAGCCAGUAACCAACAUGGAUACAAUAAGAAUUUGGAAGAAACUGAAAAAAACUUGGAUGCUCUGGAAACUGCUCUUAAAAAUAAAGAUGUAGGCUCAGAUCUUCGUUCAUGCAAGGAUCUCAUGAAUAAACAGCAGAAUUUAGAAAAUGAUAUGCAUACUAUGGAGAGAAAGAUAAGCGAAAUGUGUGCUGUUGGUGAUCAAAUGGUGCAAGAUGGCCACUUUGAUGCAGACAGUAUCAAAGCAUCCUGUGGAUCUGCAAAGAAUAGAUUUAACAAGUUGAAGGACCCGGCAGCCAGGCGUCGUGCAGCCCUUGAAGAGUCACUCAGAUGGCACGAGUUCAACUUUGAGCUUGAUGCUGAAAUGCAGUGGAUCAAGGAACACAUGCCACUAGCCACAUCAAAAGUACUUGGACAAAAUCUUCAUGAAGCUCAAACCCUAAACAAGAAGCAUGUUAAAUUGAAAGCUGAAAUCCAAGGUCAUCAGCCCCAGAUUACAAAGACUCUGGUGAAGGGCAAUAAACUGACAGAAGAGAAUCACCCAGAAAAAACAAUGAUUAAGAGUCGAUGUGCUGAAUUAAGCGUGGCAUGGGAUGACCUUAUCGCAGAGGCUGAUGAACGCAGCAGAAAAUUGGAACUAAAUCUGAAGGCGCAGCAAUAUUUCUUUGAGGUUGCAGAAAUUGAAGCAUGGAUGAGUGAAAAGAGAAACAUCUUGCAGACCAAAGAUUAUGGCAAGGAUGAAGAUGUGGCAAGAAAACUUCUAACAAAGCAUAAGGCUUUGGAGUUGGAAAUUGACACAUACAGUGGAAUUGUUAAAGAGAUGGGAACAAUGGCUGACUCAAUGAUAAAAUCUAGUCACCCAGAAUCUAAAUUGAUAAAGGACAGACAACAGGUGCUAAAUCAGGAAUUGAAAGACUUGCAGAAAUUAUCAGCAAAUCUUCGACAGAAGCUAAUGGAGUCAAUGUACCGUCAUGAAUAUUUUCGGGAAGCUGAGGACCUUGAGAAGUGGAUAAAUGAACAGAUGCAAACUGCAACCUCUGAAGAUUUUGGCCAGGACUAUGAGCAUCUAUUGCUCCUUCAGGCCAAGUUUGACGACUUUAAACAUCGUGUUGAGGCUGGGUCAGAACGUUUCAAUCAGUGUGAUGAACUGGCCAAGAAACUUAUAGCGAAUGAAAGCCCUUAUGCAACUGAAAUAGAAAGAAAACAGGAACAGUUAAGUAAGGGAAGCCCGUCUUCUUCUCCCACUAAAAGCCAAGAUCCAGCCACCCAGGUGACUGCCUACCACAAAAAAGUGCGGGCAGCAUGGAAUAGUCUUCUAGAGCAUAUAGAAGCCAGAGACCAAAAGUUGGAAGCAGCAGGUGAAAUUCACCGCUUUAAUAGAGAUGUUGCUGAGGCAUUAGCACGAAUCCAAGAGAAGUACAAAUCAAUUUCAGAAGAUCUUGGUCGUGAUGUUAACUCGGUACAAUCACUUCUCAGGAAGCAUGAAGGCUUUGAAAAUGAUUUAGUUGCCUUGGAAGCACAGUUACAGGUGCUGGUUGAUGACUCUGCAAGACUUCAGUCAACAUACCCAGGCAGUAAUGCUGAACAUAUAGCUGAGCAACAAACUCUAGUGGUUGACAACUGGAAUAUGCUUCAAGAGCGUGCCUCUAGAAGGAAAGAGCAGCUUCAUGCUGCAGCUGAUCUUCAGAGAUUCUUGGCUGAUUCACGUGACCUGAUCAGCUGGUCAAGUGACUUAAGAACUACCAUGAAAGCUGAGGAGAAAGUAAGAGAUGCAGCAAGUGCUCAGGGUCUGAAAACUGAGCAUGAACGCAUUAAGGCAGAAAUUGAGGCACGAGAGGACGAGUUCAGCAAAGUGGUUGAGGCUGGCGGUAAUAUGGUUGAAGAUCGGCACUACGCAAGUUCUGAAGUUGAGGAGAGAGUGAACAAGGUUCUUGAGGAGAGAAACAAACUACAUGCAGCAUGGCAACACAAGAAAGUUUAUCUUGAUCAAUUGAUUGACCUGCAAUUCUUCUUAAGAGAUGCCAAACAGCUAGACACCAUCAGUAGUACACAGGAAGCUGCUCUCUCAUCUGCUGAUUUUGGAACCACUAUUGAAGAGGUGGAUGCCCAGGUAAAGAAGCAUGAUGCCUUUGAGAAACUGGUUUAUGCUCAAGAUGAGAAGUUAGAAACCUUGAAAAACCAUGGAUCGAAACUUGUUGAGCAGAAUCACUUCGACUCUCCUCACAUUAAGAAGCGCAUUGAUGAGGUGGUGAUGAGAAGGGCAAGAGUCAAGGAGAGUACCAAGGCUCGCAAAAGGCAGUUAAAAGAUGCUCAUCUUUACGCACAAUUUAUUAGAGAUGUUGGGGAUGCAAACAUGUGGAUUGAUGAGAAAGCUAAUCACUUGGAUGCAGAACGUCUUAAAGGAGAAGUCACAAGCUUUGAAGAUAAAGUAAGGAAACUUCAGAAACAUCAGGCAUUCAUGGCUGAGCUUCAGGCUCAUGAGUGCAGCAUAAAAGAAAUAACAGAAAAAGGUUCUUUGUUGGUAAAUCAAAAGCACAAGUCAUCAGCACAGGUGAAAGAUGAAGUUGAUCAGUUGGUUGAGCGGUGGACGCAGCUUGUGUUGGAUGCGGAGAAUCACUCUCGUGGUCUAGAGGAAGCUCAGGAUAUCCUAGAGUUCAAUACACAAGUAGAAAAAGUAGAUGCAUGGAUUAGAGACAAGGAAAUGAUGGUACAAGUAGGAGAUCUCGGGAAGGACUAUGAGCACUGUAUGGCUCUUCACCGUAAGCUAGAUGAUGUAGAUUCUGAUAUGCGUGUGGAUGAUGCACGUUUCACAAAAAUCAACAGACUGGCAGAUAAGAUCAUCAGGCAAGGGUGUGGUGAUAAAGCUGUGCAACUAAGGAAGAAUGAGCUAAAUCACAAGUGGCAUGCACUUAAGGGAGCUAUUGAUAGAUACAGAUCUGACUUAGCAGGAGCUUUGGAAAUCCAUGCUUUUAACAGAGAUGUGGAUGACACUAAAGAUCGCAUUAGUGAAAAGGCUGUAAUCUUGGCAAAUGAAGACACGGGUAAGGAUCUUGCCCAGGUGGAGACAUUGCAACGAAAGCAAGAAACUAUAAUCCGUGACAUGUCAGCAAUUGAAAAGAAGAUAAAAGAGCAUGAAAAGGAUGCUUACAGUCUUUCAAAGAAAUAUCCAGACAAGAAAGAUGUAAUUCACAAGAAACAAGCUGAGGUAUUGGAAGCUUGGUCCAGGCUUUGUGAAGGGUCACAUGGAAGAAAGGAGAAACUCACCCUGUCAUACACCUUACACAAAUUCCACACAGACUUAAGAGAACUAGAGAGAUGGGGAGAAGAUAUUGUGAGUCGUAUGAAUGCAUCAGCAUUACCAAGCAAUACUGCAGAAGCAGAGAUGUUACUCCAGAGUCAUCAGGAAAGAAAGGCUGAAAUUGAUGGUAGAAAAGAAGUUUUUAAGGCCCUACAGCAUUAUGGAAAGAAGCUUGUUGAUGAUAACCAUUUUGCAAAGGAAAGUAUUCAGCGAGACCUUGAGACCUUAUCAGAGGUAGAGAACAAGGUUAUUGUCUUUUGGGCUGAGCGACAAAGAGUUUUAUCUCAGGCUCACCAGCUUCAAGUCUUCUUGGAAAUGACUGAACAAGCAAAUUCUUGGCUUGCUAGUAAGGAAGCCUUCCUCAAUAAUGAUGAUCUUGGGGAUUCAAUGGCAUCUGUAGAAGUUUUAAUAAAAAAACAUGAGAGUUUUGAGAAAACAUUUGAAGCUCAGGGAAACAAGAUAGAACAGUUGGAGACCUAUGCCAAAGAUCUUAUUGAAAAUGGUCAUUAUGAUAGUGAAGGGAUUCGUCAUCGCCUCAGAGUGGUGACAGACAAGAGAGAUGGUCUGAAGAACAAGUCUAAGUUACGGGCAAAGAAAUUGGUAGAGUCAAAGUCCUUACAGCAGUUCCUAAGAAAUAUUUAUGAGGUUGAAGGAUGGAUAUCUGAGAAGUUGCAAGUUGCUUGUGAUGAAAGCUACAGAGAUCCAACUAAUCUUCAGUCCAAGAUUCAGAAACAUGGAGCUUUUGAAGCAGAGGUGCUAGCCAACUCUGGGAGAGUUGCAGCUUGUACCCAUGAAGGUGAAGGACUCAUAACAAGUGGUCAUUAUGCUGAGCAAGAGAUUCAGGCUCGCUUGGAUGGUCUGGAAGCUUUAUGGAAGCAGUUACAAGAUUCAUCUCAGUUAAAGAAGGACAGAUUAAAUGAGGCAUAUCAGGCAUUACUCUUCAAUCGAACAUUGGACGACCUUGAAUCUUGGAUGGAUGACGUUGAGACCCAACUGCAGUCUGAGGAUCAUGGCCGUGAUCUAACUUCUGUGCAGAGCCUUAUGAAGAAGCAUCAGCAGCUUGAGGCAGAUGUUGCAGCUCAUCAGAGUGAAGUGGAUCAAGCCAGAGAAGUGGCCCAGUCCUUUGUUUUGGCUAAUCAUUUUAUGAGCGAGGAAAUUACGUUAAGAGUAGAAACGAUUACUAAAAGGCACAAUUCCUUACACGAACCAAUUCACAUACGGCAUGAAAAUUUGGAGGAUGCCAUGUUGCUGCAGCAGCUGCUGAGAGAUAUUGAAGAUGAAUUGUUGUGGGUAACAGAAAAGGAACCUUUGGCAUCUAGUCAGGACCUCGGUUCUUCACUUACAGCUGUGCAGAAUUUGCAGAAAAAGCACCAGGCACUAGAGGCAGAAAUACAGUCACAUGAACCAGUCAUCAAUAGUGUAAAUAACCGAUCACAGCAGAUGAUUAGAUCUGGUCACUUUGCAUCAGCAGAGAUAGAAACAAAGAUAAAGCUUUUGCUAUCAAAGUUAACACAGCUGAAGGACACCGCGAGCGUGAGGAGACUCAGGCUCCUUGAUGCUGUCGAGUCCCAAUUGUUUUAUACUGAGGCAGGUGAAGCAGAGGCCUGGAUGCAAGAGAAAAGGCCGCUGCUAUUGUCCCAAGACUUUGGAAAAGAUGAGACCUCUGUUGGAGCACUAACCAAAAAGUUAGAUAAUGUUGCACGUGACUUGGAAAGUUUUAAAUCACCUCUGGAAAAGCUCUCGUUACUGUGUGCAAAGCUUACAGAGAGAAGACACUUUGACAGUGAUAAUAUUUCCAAGAAAAUGAAUGAUGUGGAAAAGCAGUAUGCAGAUCUGAAAAUUUUGAUGGAAAAAAGAAUGAAGAGGCUAGAAGAGAGUCGAACAUUGUUUGCAUUCCUUAGAGAAAGUGAUGAAGUGAGUGAGUGGCUAAAUGAUCAGAUGGCUGUGGCAGCAAGUGAAGAUUACGGCAGGGACGUGGAGCAUGUGGAAAUCUUAAUCCAGAAGUUUGAGUCCUUCCUUAGUGCCCUGGCUUCAAAUGAAGAAAAAUUAAUUGGUAUAAAAGGGAAGGCCAAAACCCUGUUGGAGGAUGGGCAUCCAGAGCCAGCAAGAAUAAAGGAAAAGGUUGAAGAAUUGCAGCAAUUAUGGGAUGACUUGAAAGAAUUGGCUAAUGCAAGGCAAGAAGCCCUUGCUGGAGCUAAGCAGGUCCAUGUAUUUGAUCGAAAUGCAGACGAGACGAUCAGCUGGAUUGCAGAGAAGGAUGCUUUUAUAUCAUCAGAAGAUUAUGGCCAUGAUUUAGAAACUAUUCAAGGUUUAGCAAGGAAGCAUCAAGGCUUUGAGAGAGACUUAGCUGCAGUAAAGGAACAGGUGGAGUCUGUUGUUGAGGAAGCCAAGCGACUAGCUGAACUGUUUCCAGAUGCGAGAGAACAUAUUUCUGUCAAACACGAGGAAACUGUUGAAGCAUGGAAUGAUCUUCUUGACAAGUCUGCACAAAGAAAGGAUAAGCUGUAUCAAGCAGAGAAGCUACAGUCAUACUUUGAUGAUUACAGAGAAUUAAUGGCUUGGCUGAAUGAAAUUUUGGCUAAGAUUACAGCACCAGAGUUACCAAGAGAUGUGCCUGGUUCUGAAGCAGUAAUCUCAAGGCACAAGGAAUACAAGACUGAAAUUGAUGCCCGGGCUGAUGCUUUUGAUAAGUUCAGUGCAGCUGGUAAUGCACUCAUUGAUCAAGGUCAUUUCAUGGCAGAAGAAAUAGCUGAAAAGAUUGCAACCCUGGAGGCUCGUAGGAAGCUGCUCGUUGAAUCCUGGCACUCGAGAGAUACUAUAUAUGAACACAACUUUGACUUAAGGGUAUUUUUGCGGGACACUCAGGUAUUUGAAGCAUGGAUAGAAUCACGUGAAUCUAUAGUCAAGGAAGACCAAAUGGGCGAUUCUAUAACAGAGGUAGAAGAGCUGAUCAGGUGUCAUGAUGACUUCCUAAAAACAAUUGAUGCACAGGAGGAUAAGCUGGAUCCUAUUAAGAGAUUCACUUUAAUUGAAGGAGAAUUCCAGGCUCAGAAGAGACGUGAAGAGAAUGACAGGAAGGCAGAAGUAGCUAGAAGAGAACAGGAACGCAUGGAAAAUAUUAAACGUAAAGAGGUUCAACGAAUCACAGAUGAGCGACGGCGUGAAGAUGAAAGGCGCAGAACUCAGGAAAUAAAGUUUACUAAAGAGGAUAUGGAAAGAGUACGAUUGUCAAUGAAUGGAGAGUAUGCGAAGUCACCUUCUACGCGGGAACCGGAAUCUCAUUCUAGUUCCAGCUCUGAGGCAGCUGAGACAUCGAGCACUCCUGAGGUUCAUCCAAGGUACCGGAAGCGUUCAAGCUCUCUGGGAGAGGUUCUGAUAAGGAAAACUCUAGAAGUCCCUGAUGAAGAUGGUCUCUAUAGAUCUGGGUCACAGACAAGCCUGACGAGUCUUAAGAGAGGUAACAGCUUGCGCCAGGAUAUGUUACGAUCAAAUUCUCCUUUUAACAGAGGUGCUGAUAUCAAGAGAGCUGAAAGUAUGAAAGUUGAUUUGAAGAAAGCCAAACGUACUCCAAGCUUCACCACUCGACGCAGAACACAAAGCUUCCGUAAACACAAGCGUAUGGAAAACAUGGCCAACUUGCCACCUGUAGAAAUACAAGGAUAUCUCGAACGAAAGCAGGAAUUACAGAGUGGUGGAAAAAAGGCAACCAUCAGAUCUUGGAAACUCUUUUACACAGUACUCUGUGGACAGUUGUUGUGCUUCUUCAAGGAUGAGGAUGACUUCUAUGACCAAAAGGCUGCCUCGCCACCUAUUUCCAUACAUCAAGCUAAGAUUGAGAUAGCUGAUGAUUAUACCAAGAAGAAACAUGUUUUCAGAGUGAUUACCCGGGACAAUGCAGAGUAUCUUUUUGUUACGGAAUCUGAAGUAAACCUUGAAGAGUGGGUGACAAAAUUAGGAUUUCAUGCCCAGUUACCACCAUCAAUGCAACUUAUGUCAUAUGACAACCAUAAGGAAGGGGAGGUGGGCAGCGACAUGGUGGCAGUUCCUUCCCGUGACUCGGACAACUCAUCGGGUCACUCUACUCCUGAAGUUCAUCACCGCGGUGUUGUCAGCUCCCACCCACAGGGGGCAGGAGGUGGUUUAGAUCCAACUCGGCCACAUUCUCAGGCUCUUGACAAUCCUCUGUAUGCCAAUCUGGAGCAUAUGCAGGACAAGACCAAACCACCUGUGCCACCUCGAGGGAGUACAGGCAGCAACCGCUCUUCACGCUCUUCGUUAGAUGAAGGACCUAUCUAUCAAAAUCGUAUCUCCGUUGUUCCAUCUUAUGAGGUAACACCAUCAGAAAAUACCUACCAGAAUUACCCAUCAGACAGACCAAAUGGUCAUCGACGUGAGUCGUCAGAAAAUAUGAAUGGAGAUGACUUACCCCCACUGCCUAGAUCAGCCCCACCACUGGUCAUGGCCCGGCCCCCUGUACCACCCAGUCGGGCCAGGUAUGCUGAGCAGACGUGGGUGGGUGGGUUACAACAGCCCAGCAUGCCUCACCAUGGGGGUGGUCCUCACUACGGGCAGCAGAUGGGUCAUAUGGUUAGCCAUCACCAUCAGGUAGCCCAGCACAACACGGGUCAAGGGCCCCACUUCUCCCAGGUGUCACGUGUUUCUCAUCACCAGUAUGCGUACACCUCACAGGGUUCUACACAUCAACCAGACAUAACUGAUGGUGUUCCAGGCAGCCGACAGCCAUAUUCAGAGUACUCUUCACGCACCAUGUCUCUGCCCCAGGGUAGUAGUCUUCCUCCUGGUUCCUCUGUCAGCGUUACAACUAGUAGUGGACCCAUACCUUCCCACCGCUAUUCUGCAACUUUCGAUCGUCAAGGUCUUAGUGAAAGCUCCUCUGAGGGAGAUGUACCUGUUUCUACCAACAAAAAAGAGAAAGAAAAAAAAGGUUCUGUAUUUAAGUUCUUUGGUCGAAGAAAGGGUGCGCAAGUAUAGUUGUCAAUUACCAAAUAUUGUUUUGAAAUUAUAUCUUUUAUUAUAAAUAUUGUGCCACUUAGAAAUAUACUGUAAAUUUGAAAAAUAAGUUUUAAGGAGUGAAGUCAUACAAUUUUGACAUUAAAAAUGACAUGUUAAGGAUCUUUGAAAUACAUCACCCAAAGAUGGUACCUGAAUGGCUUACCAUGAUACGGCAUCACAUCAGUAAUUUUUGUCAUGAUAUCUUGCUUAAUGGUGUCUUUUAAUAGUCCCAAAGAGACACAUUAUUCAAGAUGAUUAUACAGAAGGAAACAGACUGAGUUGCAGGGUUUUUCAUUUAUUUUUGUGAUCAUGGAUUUAUGCUGCUUUAUAUUUUCUUAUGUGAAUGAAGGUUGCUUUUACAGUUUCACAGAAUAUUGCAGAUAUAAGCUUUGAGACAAAAAUGUGUAUUAGUGUCUUAUUUGAGUGCCUGAAAUAAAGAUUUUUCUUUAUGGCUAAUUAGGAAAAAAAAAUUCAGAUUGUUUAUUAUGGCUUCUUGAUAACUGUCAGAGUGAUUCAUAUUAAGUCUUCGCUUUCCAAUUCUAUAUUUGUAAAUAAUUAUAUAAAUACUGUAUUGUUAAAAGAAAAUUAUUUUGAGUGAAGUAUGUGUGGAAAUGGUAUGUUGCAAAUUGUAAUGUUGCUACUAUAAUGAUUAUUUAGA